GGACACCAAAACAUCAACGCAUUUAACAGCGUAGUAUUAGUUUUGCUUCUUCUAGUCUACAAGUAGUGUUAAACACAUAGCCACUGGUUUCUUUAUCAUGUUUUCCAUGGCUACUCCUAGCAAUUCUCCCAUGAUCGUCGCCACGAUACUGUUCAAUAUAGCAUUCUUAUUCCUUAGCUUACACCCUGCAGAGGCGCAAAUUGGAGUAUGUUAUGGGGGCAAUGGAAACAACUUACCAUCCAAGCAAGACGUCGUUAACCUCUACAAAUCCAACCAAAUAGGAGCUAUGAGGAUGUAUGCUCCUGAUCAAACUCUCCAAACCGCCCUACAAGGAUCAGGCAUCAAAAUCAUCCUAGGUGUCCCUAAUGACAACCUUCAGUCUCUAGCGUCGGAUCAAUCAGCUGCUAACCAGUGGGUUCAAACCAACGUCGUUCCUUAUGGAUCAUCAAUCAAAUACAUCGCGGUAGGGAAUGAAGUUCAUCCGUCUGAUCAACAAGCCUCAUCAGUCCAACCAGCAAUGCAAAAUGUUCUUAAUGCGUUGAAUUCAAACGGUUUAGGUGGUCAGAUGAAGGUUUCUACGUCCAUUGACACAACCUUAAUCACAAAUUCUUUUCCACCAUCCAACGGCCAAUUUAGUGACUCGUCAUAUAUCACCCCCAUAAUCAACUUUUUAAAGAGCAAUGGUUCACCUUUGUUGGUUAACAUUUAUCCUUAUUUUGCUUACAUAAAUAAUGAGGGGCAAAUCCGUCUCGACUAUGCAUUAUUCACUGCCUCUGGUACAGUGGCCAAUGAUCCUAAUAAUGGAUUGAACUAUCAAAAUCUAUUUGAUGCACUUGUAGAUGCAGUGUACGCGGCUUUAGGGAGGGCCGAUGCACAUGAUAUCGCCAUUGUAGUGUCUGAGAGUGGAUGGCCAUCAGAAGGUGGAGACGCUGCCACGGUGGACAAUGCAGGAACUUAUUACAGGAAUUUAAUCAGUCAUGUGAAGCAGGGGACUCCUUUGAAACAACAAGGAAUUGAAACUUACUUGUUUGCUAUGUUUGAUGAGAAUAACAAACAAGGAGCUCCCACUGAGCAGCAUUUUGGACUUUUUAGUCCUAAUCAACAGCCCAAGUAUGGCCAACUUAAUUUCAAUUGAUAACCUAAGGAACGAAUAUAGUGCUGAUAAACAUGUAUUUCGUAUUUUGGUACUUAUAAACUAAAUAACAGGGAUAUCCCCGGAUGUGAUAACUUACAAAGACUAGAAUUAAAAAUGCUCUAUGCUCCUAUUUAUCUUUACAUCUCUUACCUAUGUUUGGAUUUAGUUGUCACGUUGUCUCAAUCUUUUAUACAUACUUAUUUUGCAUAAAGAUGUGACCUAUUUUGAAUAAAGACAUUAUAGUAGCUGAUUGAUUUUUUUUUUUCCUUUUAAAGUAGUUCAACCAAUACGAAGCAUUAUUUAUACACCACUAAGUAGUACCGAUGACAAAACGAUAAUCUCACUCUCCACAAAACUUUGAGGAUAAAAUAAAAUAAAAACUUCUCCCCUAAGUGUUUCGCUCCUCCUAUGCUUACCAUGUACCCACUUUCUCCGGCUAUACUCACCGUAGAAUUCAUCUUGCUCUUUAUUUUCUCCAUUUAAAUGUAGGGCUCAUCUAAAGGGUGCUCUUUUUUUUCCGACGACCGCCACAAAGUUCAGGUAAUUUGAUGAAGCUAUCAGAAAUUUUAGGGUAAAUAAUUAGAUGGAGUGUAUGUCUUUCCCCCUUAUC